AAGCCAUUUUAUGUAUGGUGGAUGUAAACCAAACAUCAUGAAUGGAUAUGUCUACGCCAUGCCGUACCUCUGACCUUGAAAAUCACGGUGGUUGUCUUGUUUCCUUCCCGAAGCUUGUAGUUGUGCCUUCCGAUUCAUCUCUUUAGACUCCGAUCGAAUUCUCUGUUAGCGAGGAAAAGAAAACAAUUGAGAAUUUUGGCGGAUUUGAGAGAAGGCGAUGUGGGGAUUUGGAGGAAAGUACUACUGGAGGAGGAGGAGGAAUGUCGAUGAUGGAGGGUGCGAAGGGGUCGUGGUGGUGUUUGCAUGGAUGUCGAGCGAAGAACGCAAUCUCAAUAGCUACGUCGAUCUCUAUUCUUCGAUUGGAUGGGACUCGCUCGUUUGCCAUUCUCAAUUUCUCAACAUGUUUUUUCCGGACAAAGCUGCAGUUUUAGCUUCUGAUAUUGUGUCUGAACUUGUGACGGAGCUAAAAGCAAGGCCAGUUCCCGUUGUGUUCGCAUCCUUCUCGGGCGGUCCAAACGCGUGUAUGUAUAAGGUCCUCCAAAUACUUGACAGAACAUGUGAAACCGCACUAAACUCGGAUGAUUGCCGACUGGUUAGGGACUGCAUCUCGGGAUUUAUCUAUGACUCGAGCCCCGUGGAUUUCACUAGCGACUUGGGAGCUCGGUUUGCAGUUCAUCCUACCGUUCUCAAAAUGUCUCGUCCUCCUAAACCAAUUGUGUGGGCAGCAAAUAGUAUUGCUUCAAGCCUCGAUUUUGUUUUCCUGAACCGGUUUGAAUCGCAACGAGCUGAGUACUGGCAAACCCUUUACUCUACUAUUACAAUGGGAGUUCCAUAUCUCAUUCUGUGCUCCGAAAACGAUGACCUUGCUCCUUAUCGCACUAUACACAAUUUCGUCGCACGUCUCAAAGAGCUCGGGGGAAAUGUGAAACUCGUAAAAUGGAAUGACUCCCCUCAUGUAGGUCAUUAUCGACAUCAUCAGGUCGACUAUAAGGCCUCUGUUUCCGAGCUCCUCUCGAAAGCUGCUUCGAUAUAUUCACGAAAGUCACGGAAUCUUGACGAGGAGACAAAGAUGGGCAUAGAGGAAACGCAUUACGGCGGGACAUCAGAACCAAUUCAAAGCCUGAGGAAAGCAACUUCAGGUCUCCACUCGAGCUUCAAUGGAACUCCUCUGAUCACAACCGACCAUUUUAUCGUCCCGAGCUCGGUAGGUUACUACGUGGGCCAAGAUGGCGGCGGCAGUUCUGUGCACGAUGUACACAAGGAAGGUUUGAUUCGUUUUCCGAGCCCACGAACCGACAUUCUCAAUCCUCAUGGAGUUCUUGGUCGGAUCCUUUUCGAUGUUGAUAUUCCCAAGAAUGUCGAGGAAUGGGAUUUGAAGUCAUCGGAUUCCGGCCACCCGAGGCGGAGGCCGGCGACAUUUAAUCCGAUGAGGUGUAUGCGUAGAUCAAGACUGUAACGUUUGAAUCCUCCAUCCCUAAGAUCAUUCUUCAUUUUGAAUUUUUGAGUGUUGUGUUUUUUCUCUGUUAAUAAAGUGUUAUUGCAAAGGAAGCCCCAAAACAUUGCUAGACA